AUGUUUCUCCCUUCCACCAAGCCCAUAGCAACUGAAACAACCUCAAGGAAAUGUUCCCCUCUCAGGCUCCACCUCAAUUUUUCCCCCAUUAGAGGAGUUCAAGUAAGGUCACAGAACAGAUCAAGAGUAGCAGUUACAGCAAACAAGGCUCAACCUACUAGAAUAUUAGUGGUGUCAUCUCUACUGUCUUCCUUCUUCAAUAUGUUUGAAGAUAUCAUCAACAGAUUCACUAGAUCUCCUCUCCCAACUUUCAUUGAUCCAAAGCAUGUCCUCAUUGGUAACUUUGCCCCAGUAGAUGAGCUUUCACCUACCAAUUGCCAGAUUAUAGAAGGAUCACUCCCAUCUUGCCUUAAUGGGGUUUACAUUCGCAAUGGCCCUAAUCCCCAACACUUCCCUACUGGAUCUUACCACCUUAUUGAUGGUGAUGGGAUGCUUCAUUGCCUCCACAUCUCUGAUGGCCACGCGAUGCUCUACAAUCACUAUGUUAGAACCUAUAGAUACAAUAAAGAGAGUGAAACCGGUCGACCGGUCUUCCCAAACAUGUUUUCAGCCCUUUACUGUCCCACAACCGCUUUCAUCCGGGUUGUGUUCACUGCUGCAAGAAUCUUAACUGGACAGAUCAAUCCUGCAAGAGGGGAUGGCCAAGCCAAUACAAGCCUUGCUUUCUUUGCUAAUAGACUCUUUGCUCUUGGUGAGUCUGACCUUCCUUAUGCUCUUCGACUAAAUAAAGCUGGUGAAAUUGAGACCAUGGGUCGUUAUGAUUUUAAUGGAGAAUUGUUAAGAAACAUGACAGCCCAUCCCAAGGUAGAUCCAGACACAGGUGAGAACUUUGCUUUCCAUCACAACUUGAUUUAUCCAUUCUUAACCUUCUUCUAUUUUGAUUCAAAUGGCUCAAAACAAUCAAAUGUGCCUAUCUUCUCUUUAACCCAACACUCUUUGAUUCAUGAUUUUGCAAUUACCAAAAGGUUUGCAAUAUUUCCUGAUAUACAGAUGGGAGUGAAUUUAAUGGCAAUUUUGAAAGGAAAGCCCUUGAUGAAAUUAGACCUUGAGAAGGUACCAAGGAUUGGUGUCAUUCCAAGGUAUGCCAAGGAUGAAUCAAAGAUGAAGUGGUUCGAUGUGCCCGGACUCAACUUCCUCCAUGCCAUCAAUGCUUGGGAGGAGGAAGAUGAUGUAAUUGUCCUAAUUGCACCAAACAUGUUGUCCAUAGAACAUUGUUUAGAAAGAAUGGAGUUGAACCAUGCGUCGGUAGAGAAGGUGAGCAUAGAUUUGAAGACGGGGGUUAUUUCUAGGUUUCCAUUGUCUGCGAAGAACUUAGAAUUUGGAGUGAUAAAUCCAGCCUUUGUGGGGAAGAAGAGUCGCUAUGCCUACAUGGGUGUGUUAGAGCCCAUGCCUAAGAUAGUUGGGCUGGUGAAGAUGGACCUUUCAGGAUGGGAACAUCAAGAACAUGUUGUGGCUAGUAGGAUGUAUGGGGAAGGGUGUUAUGGGGGUGAACCCUUCUUUGUAGCAAGAAACCCUGGGGACCUAAAAGCUGAUGAGGAUGAUGGAUAUGUUGUGACCUACUUGCAUGAUGAGAUCUCAGGGGAGUCGAAAUUCUUGGUCAUGGAUGCAAAAUCUCCUUCACUUGAGAUUGUUGCAGUAGUGAAACUGCCCUACAGGGUACCCUAUGGAUUCCAUGGACUAUUUGUGACAGAAAGUGAUCUUAAGAAAUUGUAG